AUGCCGAAUCCCAUCCGCGAAGACAUCACUACCCGGGAUGAUACAUCCUUCCCUUACAUCUUCGAGCAGAAUGUCACCAUUGCUUUGAAGGAUAAAUCGGGUCUUGUCCGAUGCAACGUCUACCGACCCAAGGAGUUGGAAAAAGCCCCAGUGCUAGUCACUUACGGCCCCUACGGCAAAGAUAUUCCAUACUCGGACUUCCAUCCGAAGUCAUACAGCGAAGUCAACCCUGAGCAUCACUCUGCUCAUUCAGCCUGGGAAACCCCCGACCCUGCCUUCUGGACUAAGCAUGGCUAUGCUGUUGUUCGGGCGGAUGAGCGAGGCACUGGCCAAUCCCGCGGAAAGCUUGACACCAUGUCCCGUGAAACAAGCGAGGCUUUCUUUGAUGUGGUCGAAUGGGCAGCCGAACAGCCAUGGUCUACUGGUAAAGUAGGACUGCUCGGAAUUAGUUACUAUGCUGGAAGUCAAUGGAGAGUCAGUGCCCGGCAACCCAAGGGCCUGUCGUGUAUUAUCCCGUGGGAGGGCAUGUCCGACUACUACCGUGAUCGCUGUCGCCACGGAGGCAUCCUUUCGAACUCCUUUAUCAAAUUCUGGUGGGACCGCCAGGUCGUCUCUAACCAGUACGGUCGGCCUGGUCGUGCCGCCCGUAACUGGGGUCCUGAUACCAUCGAGGGUGAUCUUCCCGAGGAGGAAUUGGAAGCGAACCGUCAGGACCAGACAAUCGACAACGUCAACAACCGAUUCCGCGAUGAUAUAUACUAUGCUAGUAAGGAGUACACUAUGUCCGACAUUCAGGUGCCUCUUCUGUCCGUGGCCAACUGGGGUGGCAUUCUGCUGCACUUGCGGGGUAAUGUGGAGGGCUGGACCCAAGCAGGCAGCGAGUUGAAGUAUCUGCGCUUCAUCACCGGUCGCCAUGACCUGCCUUUCUACUAUUCGGAAGAAGUGGAAGUCCAGCGCAGCUUCUUAGACGCCUUCCUCAAGGGCGAGGAUCGCGAGGGAUGGUCCACUGGAACAGCCCCGAAGGUUGAUCUGGUUCUCCGCAAAGGAGACGUCGGAUUCAACAAUGCUGAAGCGGAAAAGCAAUUCCCUCGCCGUACUGAGAAUGAAUGGCCCAUCGCGCGUACGCAAUACACGCGAUACUAUCUGACCUCCAAGCAAGAGCUGGUAACCACAGCUCCGAAAGAGCGCCCGGUCAAAAUCACUUACCCUGCUCUCGGAAGUUUGGAGAACCCGCAGCUGGUGCAAUUCACCACUCCGCCAUUCGAGAGCGAAACAGAAAUUACUGGACACAUUGUCGCCCAUCUCAAUGUGUCGAUGAGUCCCCAGCCAGGCUCUCCCACUCCGCAAGAUAUCGACCUUUUCGUCACAUUGCGGUACAUCUCUCCCGAGGGUAAGGAGGUCUUCUAUACCGGCACGGCUGGAGACCCAGUGCCUCUCUGCAAGGGCUGGCAGCGUGUCAGUCUGCGCAAGACAGACCCUGAGCAUCCUCGCCACCGUCCCUGGCUGCCCCAUCGCAAUUUUUACUCCACGGACGUGCUCCCGGUCAUCCCGGGCGAGGUCUACCCGGUCGAUGUGGAGGUGUGGCCGACCAACGUAGUGGUCGAGAAGGGAGGAAAGAUCAUCCUCGAGGUCGCAUCUGGCGAUACCCAAGGAAGUGGAAUAUUCCAGCACAAUUCUCCUGUAGACCGAAUACUCUACUACUUCAUUAUCUCAAUCAAUCUUCUACACCACCAACAACCACCACCCAAUUACCCCCAAACCAACACCACCAAAAUGACCAACACCAAAAACAUCCGCCCCCUCUCCCGCUACAUAACAACCCACGACCCCACCACCAAAAAGGCCAUCUUCUCCACUACCCUCUCAGAGACCAUGCCGGUGCAACAAAUUCAAGACUCCGCCAAUGCGCAAUUCUCCCUCGUCUACACCACCGACUCCUUCCCCGCUAACCUCACCGACGAGGCCGACAUCCCCGCCUACGCCUCCUACCUGACCAACCCCCCCGGAAUCACCAUCUCCACGGGCUCGGUGUGUCGCAUUGUGGAUAUGCCGCCGCAUGCGCUGAGUCCGAUGCAUCGCACUGUGUCGGUGGAUUAUGGGGUUGUGUUGGAGGGGGAGGUUGAGUUGGUCUUGGACUCGGGGGAGACGAGGUUGUUGAAGAGGGGGGAUGUGGCGGUCCAGAGGGGUACGAAUCAUGCUUGGAGGAAUGUUACUCCUGAUGGGGAGAAUGGGGAAGGGAGCUGGGCGAGGAUGUUGUAUGUGUUGUUGCCUGCGAAGGGGUUGGGAGAGGGAUUGAAGGAGGAUUUGGGCGGGAUUCAGGUUAGGGAUAGUACUUAA